AUGGUAGCUGCCAAGCAGUGCAGAAUCCUUUUGUUCAGGUUUGUGGCUCCAUGGGUAUAUAGUUUUCGAACUUGUUUGCCAAUUGCUGCCAGCCUGAAAGGACCGCUGAGCUCUCGCCUCUGUUUUGAGCUUGUGCUUGCGGGAAGGCAGCGCCAGCGUAGCCUGUGCGUGCUUGGUGCAGCUGCGCCUCCUUCUGCGGGAAGAAGCGACCCACCCGCACACUGGCUUCAGACUGCCUUUGCCGCUGCAGAUGCUCUGCCAUAUUUGCCGAAUCUUACAGAAGGGCACGUUAACGGCACGCUGGCAAAUGUCCGAGGUGUGGUAGACGCCACUGCGGUGUCUUUGCGCAAGCUCCUGCACCAUUUGCGGCUGAAGCGAGCAAAAGCGGUUGUGAAGGCGAGCAGAAAUUUCUUUGGAAUGCAAGUGCCUGUAAGAUCCAGAAAGUUGCAGAUGCUCACCGCUCUAUGUCACCGAUGCUCUACAUGA